AUGAUUGCUGAGAGCAUCCAUGUGCUGAGCAAGGCUGGUCAGGGCAAGGUGGUGGUGGCGGGGCUGACAGGAGGCGAAAUGGACAGCUUCCUGCAGGUCGCCGAGCUCCUGUUCAAGGAGCGGGUGAGCGAUCCGCAGGAGCGCGAGUGCUGGCAAAUCCACGUCGAUAUCGUCCGCCUCCUGCAGCAGGAAAGCUUCGACGCCAACGACCUCGAGAAGCUCGAGAAGCUGACCAAGAGAUGGAAACAUCUCAUGGUCAAGUUCUACGGCGGCGUUGCCGAGCGGCAGCGAGCGACGAGCUCGAAAGAAGACGCGGUCGAAGAAGCGGUCGAAGAAGCGGUCGCGGACGGCCGAGACGGCGGCCAGCGACACGACGACGAGCGGAGAGAAGCCACUCAGCUUCAAAUUUCCGAACUUCAAGGUCGCGCAACACUGGCCGGAGACACGCGCCUGUGGGAGCAGCGGCACCUCGCGGCGAAGAUGACCGCGCAUAGGACGAACCAGAUCAACACCGAACGUGCAAUUCUUGUGAAGACGCACCAAAAGGACGCCGUCAUUCGCCACCGAGCAUACGCUGGGCUGCCCCGCGUGAGCUCUGUGGAUGGGUCCUGGAAGGAACCCUACACGCUCAGCGUUCGUGGCACAACAACCAGCAUCACGAGGGACCGCAGGCGCAACCUCUUCGACGCAGUCAGCCGUGAGCUGGGCGAGGGCGUCCAGAUAGCGGACGACAUCACCUCGCACAAGUCGGCCCACUACUACGGCCACUUCCUGCGACCAGGCGAUGGGAUCGCCUUGCGUGUUCCCGAAGACUAUCCAAACAUACGGUUCAUCAUCGACAACUCACGACACGCCAUCCUCGACGAGUCCGAGACGCAGUGUGUCGUGAUCGGAAGGAUAUCUCGUCUGCUUCGCAUUGCCUGCGACAACGUGGUGAAGGCGUGGGUCGAGCUCGAGCUUGGCGAUCUGCGCGGCGUCAGCGAUGGCUUUCUCGAGUUCCGGCUCAGCCAGCGACGGUUCUACCUUCCCUUUGGGUGGAAUGGAUGGACCGUCGCCAAGCGCGUCCACCUCGUGCAACAACAUGCGGGCUUGCUCUAUAACCAUCGCGUUAGGUGGCACCUGGGCGACAGGUGGGCCACACCGGCGAGCGGCGCACGACCAGCGGCGUGGAGCACGACCAGCGCGAUCGGCGGCGCGGAGCACGACCAGCACGACGACUAG